CAUGCCACGAGUUCCAUAUGUUGAUGAUGGACAAAUCAAAUUCAAUCCUGAUUUGGCUGUGGGGUCAGGGACAUUUGGAACGGUGUACUUUGGUUCAUAUCAGGGAACACCAGCAGCAGUAAAGAAGAUUCCUGUUGAUGACAGUAAUGACUUUUUGCAUGAGAUCCUUGUUUGUUUAAGACUUUCUCAUCCAAAUAUUGUUAGAUUCUUGGCUGCUACCAAAAAAGAUCAGUAUAUACUCAUAGCAAAUGAGUAUGUCCAUGGAGCAAGUUUACACGUUGUACUUCACAGUGCAGACAGUCCAGUGAAGUUAGAAGCAGAAGAAAAAAAUUACGUUGCACUUGAUGUGGCAAUGGCUGUGGAAUACAUCCAUUCCAAGAAUGUAAUACACCAGGACCUGAAGCCUGCAAACAUCCUGAUUGAAGGCAGCAGCAAAAAGGCCUAUCUUACCGACUGGGGUUUAGCCAAUGUUCGCGACUCAGUUUCGCUAAGGCAGGGGAGCAAAAUAUCUGGCCUUUUAAGUGGACCUCUUGGUGGUACUGCUAUUUACACAGCUCCUGAAUGUCUGCUAACCUAUCAACCUUGUUCUGUACAUUCAGACAUAUGGUCCAUCGGCAUAACAUUUUUAGAGCUGUACACAAACACUGUACCAUGGUCUGUAAAGACCUGUAAAGAGCUGUGCCAGUUAAUGUCAACAGAGGCAGCUCCAAAUGCUUUAAACAAAUUUGAUUCAUUGUGCACACAAUUAAUAUGUACAUGUUUAAAAUAUACACCAUCGGAAAGAAUUUCGGCCUCAAACCUAGUUCUUCUGUUAAAAUCAUUGGACAACACUGAUUUAAAAAAACAUUACGGAUACCAUUGGUAAUUACAAAAUGCAAUAUUUUAGAUGAUGACCUUUGUUUUAUUCAUCACCAAGAGGAAAGUAAAAUGUUUAGUUUUUCCUGUCAUUAAAAUGUAUUGUUACAUUAUAUACUGUAUACAGGAAAAAAGUGCAUACAAUUAUAUUGAUUAUGUUGUUGUUCUUGAUGUUAUGACUAUAGAAUUCUGAUGCAAAUAAAUAAUUUCUCUCCCAGAGAAGCAAAAACAGCCAUCUAAGUUGUACUCAACAAAUUCAUAAAUGGUGCUUGAUUCUCCUGCCACAAGGAACUCUAAUAUCAGUGCAAGUUCAUAAAAUUAAUGGACUGAUAAUGGUUAAACAUAGAUUAUGGAAGGAUACUAAAGGUUCUAUAUAAAUAUCCUCUGGGUUAUUUUAAAUUGUUAUAAUGGACCUUUCUAUGUGUAAAGGCUCAAAAAAGUAUGAUUAAACCAAUUUAUUUUCACAACAACAAAAUUUAUUUAGUA